GUACUUAAUUCCUCAGCUGCUCCCUGAUUGGUGUUUAUUAUCGUGACGUCGCGCAGUCUCGUACGCUGCCGUUUUCUGAUUGGCUAAAAAUCUCACCACGUUCGUCUCGCUUCGGUUUUUUCCGCGUAAAUUACCGUUGUGUUUUUUGAAAAACCAAAAACGUAAACAUUUCGCUCCUGCUAUCAACAGUUCGUUCGUAAUCAUUAUCUGUAGUUGAAUCAGCCCGAAAUAUAGUUAUUCGUAUCGCGAAAUGAGUAGUCAUUCUUCGUGCGUUGUUCGUAAUUAAUGUUCGUAGUAUUUAUUCGGUUAUAUUCGCGGAACUUGUAUCGGUUUUCGGUUAUAAAACUCGCGCUAAAUCCAUCUUUCGGUACAUGUGCUGUGUAUAUCUAAUGCUGAAGUUAAACUAUUGCAAAUACGAUGUCUGGAAUGAAAACUUUGUUAUAUGUCGUUGUGCUGUACGGUUCUAUAAUUCUAUCGAAAUGCAGCGAUUUAGAUGUCGAGGAGACCAAACCUAAUGUAUGCAUUGAUUGUGGUACUGAGCUAAUCAACGAAGAAGAAUCGGUGUUAUUUAUAUCAACAUUGGACGGCACGUUCAUCGGCGUCGAUCGUAGAAAAGGCGAAGUACUAUGGGAAUUCAAAGAAGAGGCUGCCGUCAAAGUACCUCAAGAAAACAAAGACGCUUUAAUGCCGAUUUUCCUACCGGAUCCGAAAGACGGUUCUUUGUACAUGUUGAAUUCGGAAAACGACUCCGGUUUGAAAAAAUUACAAUUCACAAUACAACAGCUGGUUUCUACCUCACCCUGUCGUAGCGCAGAUGGCAUAUUUUACACCGGUAAAAAAGUCGACAAUUGGUUUAUGGUCGAUUGGAGGACAGGAGUGAAGGAGGAAUUACUCGGUUUCGAUCAUCCUGAAAAAGUGUGCCCGGCUGUGAAUCGGAAUACCAUGUUUUUAGGCAGAACAGAGUACAAUUUAAUAAUUCACGAUAUAACGCGACGAGAAAGAAAAUGGAACGUUACGUUUUACGAUUACUCGGCUAAAAUAAUGCCUCCGGAAAUUUUAAAAAGUUACGAGCAUAUUUACUUCAGCGGUAGUUCGACGGGUAAAUUCGCUGUGAUGAGUAACGCCGAUGGAGGAUCGUUGAUGUGGGAGACAGAAUUCGAGUCUCCGGUCAUCGGUGUGUAUGUUCGAGAAGGCGACGGCCUCGUAGCGUUACCGUUUACCACCAUGGACGACAGUUCGAUGCAUUUACUGGCCUCGAAAGAAAAACGAGUCCAGUUAUAUUCGACUUUAUAUGUGGGUGAACAUACGUACGGGAAAUACGCAUUGCCGGCUGUUGCGACGACCGGAUCGACUAUUUUGUUACUGGAUGGACCGUCUUCGUUGGACCCGAGCACCGUAGCGAUGACCGAAGAUGAUACCAGCGCCGAUAUUUUGGGGUAUUACAAGAUGCCAGAAUAUAGCGCAGAAAGGCUCCAGAUCACUGGGAAGUCAGACGCGAUCAUAGAAAUGAAUCGUAGCAGCGAAUAUGCUCGUAAUACGUCAUCAAACAGGCAAACUCUGAAAACUGUAGCCAUUCAGACCGAAGAUAAUGCCACCAAAGGGAUCGAAUUCGACAGAUACGUGCUGUAUAGAUUGGUGAAUUUUGGACUAGAAUAUGCCCUUUCCCAAGAGAACAUGGGUCUGAAGGUGUUCAUGGCCGGAAUGGUCAUCAUGAUCAUGUCGAUGUUUAUGUACUUUAGAGCUCAAAUGAGAGAAUUGAAACAAUCGUCGAGUGGAUCAUCUCGUGGAAGCGCCUUGAGUGGAAUUAAUGGCACAGUUACUGCUCUAGCUGAAGAGCUACCCGAUGGAUCGACCAAAGUUGGCAAAAUUAUUUUCGAUCCGGAUCAUAUUCUGGGUAAAGGAUGCGAAGGAACCUUCGUGUUCAGAGGUCAGUUCGACAACCGAAACGUAGCUGUAAAACGUCUGCUGCCGGAAUGUUUCACCGUCGCCGACCGAGAAGUAUGUCUUCUCCGAGAAUCCGACCAGCAUCCCAACGUAAUCAGAUAUUUUUGCAUGGAACAAGAUAAAAUGUUCAGAUACAUCGCUCUGGAGCUAUGUGCAGCUACCGUACAAGAAUACACCGAGAAAGGAGUACUGAGCGAUUUCAUCGAACCGAAGGAAGUAUUAGCCCAAGCUACAGCCGGCUUGGAACACCUACAUUCGCUUAGCAUAGUACAUAGAGAUAUCAAGCCGCACAAUGUGCUUUUAUCGUUUCCAUCGCAACAGGAGAAUAAAGUUCGGGCCAUGAUUAGCGAUUUUGGUCUGUGUAAGAAACUGCAGACGGGCAGGAUGUCGUUUUCGAGGAAAUCGGGUAUUACCGGAACCGAUGGAUGGAUUGCGCCCGAAAUGAUACAUGGCAGGAGUAGAACGACGACUGCUGUGGAUGUAUUCUCGUUAGGCUGUGUAUUUUACUAUGUUCUAAGCAAAGGUAAACAUCCCUUUGGUGAUACGUUGAGCAGGCAGAUGAAUAUUAUGGGAGGAGAAUUCAAGCUACACGAUAUCGUCGACGAUAAGUACGAAUUAUGGUCACAUCUGAUCUCCAGAAUGGUCACCAUUGACCCUCUAGAAAGACCUUCGAUCGCUGUCAUCAGAAAUCAUCCCGCGUUCUGGAACAAGGAACGGAUCCUGACAUUCUUACAGGAUGUUAGCGAUCGUAUUGAAAAAGAAGACGUUACCAGUAAAGUUCUCAUUGAGUUAGAAAUGGGCAAUAGUGCAGUACUUAAAGGCGACUGGCGUGGAGCCAUUGAACCCGAAAUUGCCGACGAUCUCACCAAAUACCGAAGUUAUCGAGCUGACAGUCUUCGUGAUUUACUCCGAGCUUUACGAAAUAAGAAACAUCACUACAGAGAACUCUCAGAUAAAGUACGCGAAAUCCUGGGCAGUAUACCAGAUCAGUUCGUCACCUACUGGACAGACCGAUUCCCCAAGCUUCUGCUGCACACUUGGCUAUCUAUGCAAUGCGUCAAGAACGAAGAUAUCUUCAAAAAAUACUACUUCGAUUCGUAUUCGUUCGCUCGCCUCACCGACGACACCUCUGUCCCAUUAUGGAUCCAGCAAUCACUAACUGCAUCACCCAGACGUCGCUUCGGCCAGAAACCGAACCCGAAUCAGAAAUUCGGCGACCAGUACGCCAUCAAUAAAUACAUCAGUAAUUUCUUCUUCACCAAUGGCAAAUCUCCCAGUACCGAGAGCAACUGGAGAGUCAGACCUAGCACUCCUAACAUCACCGUCACCUCAACCAAUGCUACCACCAACUCCAUUCCUGAAAGCACCGUUGAACAAUCUGAGAACCAAGAUGAUGCCCAAGAACGACUGCAACCACCGGUUCAAGAUGAAAUUAAUAACUGCGAAGAUGAUCUCAUUACGUUAAAAGAAAAUCUGCCAGGAGAAAAUUGCAACGUGGUCGAAGAUUUGAUCGAACAGAUCGAUACGAUGGCUGCCGGAGACGAUGCUACAGAUAAGUGGCAAAAAUCUAAAGGACGAACCAGAGGUAGACGAGGUAAGAAGAAACCCAACAGUGGAGCUGCUGCGGUCGAUUGACAGGGGUGUAGUGUUGCUUGGUCUAUGAAAGGCCACGUAAGGAAUUUAAAUUUCGUCUUGGCUCCGAAGAUGCCUCGAUUAGAUUGUGUUUUUUACGGUAAUAUUUUUAGCAGCGUGAAUUUUUGAACCAGAGGGUUGUCUCGAUGACGUUUGCAUUUUUUUUCAAUGUACCUAGUUCCUGUGUUGCCAAAUGUGUGUAUUUCUGUGUAAUUUGCUAAGCUUUGGGGAGGGGGGAUUAUUCAUCAUUCCGUCGGAGAGGGAGAUUUUUUUAUCUUGUUUUUACUACCUACCCAUUUCUUGAGUCGAGGUAUCUCAAUGUUUUUUAUUCCGUUUUUAUUUACCUAUAAUGUGUUUUUUGCUCUUGAAACCUUGAUCGAGGUGAUUGAUAUUUUUUCUAUACUUUUGUAAUAUUUUAAUAUCGUUGUUGAAUUUUUUUUCUGUAUAUUUUUAAAUUGAUGCGUUGAACUUGGAUUUUGGAAUUUUGGGGAGGUUUUGUUCUGUGAUCGUUUGUAAUUUAUUGAUUGAUGAUGAAAUUGGCCGGAUUUAGGGCUGAUGCGUUGCUGGGCAUUAUUUUGAUUAGGCUAUAGAAAUGAUGUAAUUGAUUAAUGUUUUAUAUUUUGUAACGUAUUUGAUUUUAAAUAAUUAUUUUCUUGGAAAUGAAACACUGCUUGGUGGAAAAUGAUCUGAUCUGAUCUGAGUUUUGAUAGGAUUAGAUCUGUUCAGAUGUGAUUAGAUCUAGUUGGGAAAACCUGAUUAUGGAUCUGAUCAGAUUGUCUUGGUUUAAUUUGAUCUGACUGGAUGUGAUUAGGUCUGAUUAGAUUGAAGUUUCAAUAGAAUUAAUAUGGGUUCAGAUGUACAUAAUCAGAUCCAGUUGGGAAAAUGUGAUUGGAUCUGAUCAGAUUGUUUCGGUGGAAGGUCUGACCAGAUCAAAGUUUUGAUGGGAUUAGAUCUGUUCAGAUGUGAUCAGAUUUGUUUGAAGGGGUACUGAUUGGAUCUGAUCAUAUCAACUAUAUAAGUCAAGAAACGUUCAAAUGUGAUCUGAUCAGAUUGAAGUUUUGAUAGGAUUGUGUUUGCUCUAAUCUAAUCAGAUCUAGUUGAUGAAGCCUAAUUGUAUCCGAUCAGUUGCCUUGAUACAAGUACAUGUAAUUUGGUAUGAUCAGGAUCAGUUUGAAGCUUUGAUGAGAUUAGACAUGCUCAGAUGUGAUGGAAUUUUUUGUGGUGGGGGAGGGGCUGAUUAGAUCAGAUCAGAUUAACUGGAUCAAGGAAUCUGACCAGAUUAAACAGCUCAUUAUCAGUUUUUUUGAGUUUUGGUAGGAUUAGGUCUGUUCAGAUUUGAUCAGAUUCAGUCGGAGAAACUCGAUUGGGUCUGAUUAAAUCUGAUAAGGCUAUACAAAUUCGUUUAGAUCAGAUCCGAACAUCACCUCGAAUUAAUUUGAUUAGACUACUAGUACUUAUCAAAUCAGGUGAACGUUUCAAUAGGAUUAGGCUACAUACAUCUGUUCAGACUUCAUCAGAUCUGAUCUUUUUCCUCUGUGUAGACUAGAUAUCUUUAGGAAAUGUGUUGUUAUUUAUUGUGAAAUUUUUCAAAUAAAAUUUUGUUUGUUGCAUUUA